AUGGCCAACCCUUUCCAAUUUUAAUUUUACAUUGAAUCUGAAAAAUCCCGAUUGUGGCACAUUUUAACAAAAAAGGAAGGCUAACUCCUUUGGAAAAUUAACAUCUGAUGAAAAUCUGAAAAAAUCCUUAUUUUUUAGCACAGUUUUGUUUAAAACAGCAAGGCUAAACCCUUGGAAAUUAUUUGUAGUUUGACAGAAAAUUGGGAAAACCCCGAUUUUGGCUUAUUUUAGUAACUUUGAAGUCACGCGGCUGCGCUUCCGUGAAAUUAUUACACCCACGAUGGUUUCAGCAGGAUGUCAGGUAUCUUAAGUCCAAAGAGGCAUUCCUUUCUCAUCGUGUCCCUGUAUGGUCUUCAGCUCAUUGACAGAAGGCCUUGCUGUCAAUUUAUUUUGAAAGUUUGAUCGUCUCCAGAGGUUUUGUGCUGUUUCUUUUGAUUUUACCCCCAGGAUGGUUUCAGGUAUCUGGGUCCAUGUGUUCUAGUUUUAUUCUUCUCAUUUGAUUUUGAGUUUAUUUGGACGUUGUGUUUAUAACUUGGACCCCGAUAUUGCCAAAGCUGAAGCACGGAGGACUAAAAAAUCCUCCACGGUUGAUAAAGGGUGCGGUGUCCACUGCUCGGGCUUCAUUAAAGACCGGAAACAACGAGAAAAUGGAGGUUCUUUGAUAGAGUGGUGAAUCAAAGAAUCUCCACCUUUUGAGUGUUUUACUUAAUCAAACCACGUCCUCCCCAUACUAUUGUACCAGAGGACAAGUUUUUACGAAUGCUUCGCACCGUGAGAUGAAUCCAAUCCAUUGUCCAGAGUUGGCUAGCUAUGUACAUCUGCAUCUGCGUGUACCUAAAUGCUGUCCACCUGGUCCAAGCCAUUUCUUCGGUUGGGUGCACAAAGGUUUUUUUUCUUUAUUCACGUACAGAGUGCACGCUGCACUUCACUGCACCAGUCUGUGGACUGUGUGUGCAGUCUUCAUUACCGAGUUACCUGCGUGAACUAUGCUAAAUCCAAGUUAGCAAAUGCUAUCGAUAUAACUGUACGGAGUUUGGGACUUUUACACAACCAACAAGCAAGUUUGUCGAGCGGCUUAUUUGGGAAACACGGUUCACUUGGCUCUUCAAACGAAGACCACGUUGACAACCUUGGAACGACUUGCUUAUUCAUCCAGAGCCCUUGGUCACCGUAGGAAAUAAUUUCGUCUGCAUGGGAAGUACUGUAUUGGAACACCAGACAGCAGUAGUUCUCUGGACAGUGACAGUUUAUGUUUAGCAUGGCUUGUAAUGGUUUCAUCAGCUUGUUUGUUAUCAUUGCCUUCUUGACUGGCAAAGCAUCUGCCCUUGUGGGUACACUGUCACCAUUGGAUCCCAUCAUUGAAGUUGGUUCAGACUUAGUUCUUAAUUGCACUCUCAACGCCUCGUCAAAUGGUGGUCGUACAGCCCAGGAUGUAAUCUGGCAUCGUGACUCAGUCCAGCUUUCUCCAGACACGUACGUGUCACUCAGUGACACAGUGUCUCAACUGACACUGACCAAUGUCACGUUUAGUGACUGGCAUAUAUACUACUGUUUCUUUCCAGAUGUCAGGUUCUACAAGGGACUUGCUUCUGAAGUGUCAGUUGGAAAGAAGCCCUUGCCUCCUAUUCUGGAAUGCACCAUACCGUCCCCUGACACUUACCGAUGUCGCUGGCAAGAAGGCACAUUCACUCAGAUUAAAACUCGGCAUGAAUUUAUGUUCAGGCAUGAUGGUGCCUGGCACAGGUGUCCAUCUCCAGAGGGUAAUAGUUGCAGCCUGCCGUUGGAACGGGUUGUUGAACUUAACCAGCAUGUUAAGGUCAUCUCAGAGAAUGCUCUUGGAACAGCGACUACUGAGAAACGCUUUCAUAUGCACAGAGAUGUUGUAGUGAACCAACCAAGGAAUGUGCAAGUCACCAAGGUUGAAACUGAGACAUCAUUGCGGGUGACAUGGUCAGUACCUGAUGAGUGGCCACGAAUGGAAGAAUCUUUGGUCUACAAAUUGAGGUUCAAGAAGGAUGACUGCAUGAUGCUCAACCAAACCUGCUGUUGUUGGUUAGAGACAACUGACAUUUUGACAUCAAGGAUCUUAACUCUAAGAGAUCUAGACCCAUAUACCUGCUACUCUGUUGAAGUCUCAGCUAAAUAUCUGGGAGCAAGGGAAGAGAAUUGGAGUGAGUGGUCAGAAGUAACUGGAACCACUCGUGAGAUUCCACCCAUAGAAAUUGUACAAGAUCUGGAGAUUACAGUCAGCACUAAUAACAUGGAUCCAGCCUACAAGAGAGAUGUAAGCGUGUAUUGGAUAGGUUUAAAUGAAGAAGGUCGACAUGGACAGCUAAUAGGCUACAAGAUAGUCGUCUGGUUGGAAAAUUCCAGAGAAGUUGUGCAAGAAAAUGUCACCCAUCAAAACCAUUUCAUGAUAAAGGGCCUUCAGAAGUUUAAAGGUUAUCUUGUCAAAGUUUCUGCCUAUAAUCAUGCUGGAAAUGGCCCUUGGUCAUCCAUUCAUGUUGAAGAUUUAACUCAAGGAGCACCAAAUGCUCCUGAUGAGGUCAGAGUUGUUGCCUUGACAACAACGUCCAUACGUGUUGAAUGGUCAGGACCAAAUGAACCCAAUGGCUACAUAAUACAGUACAUCGUACAAUGGGAAAGGAUUGAUGGUGAUCGACAGUCUUACAACACCUUCAAUUCCAGUCAGCUAUCUUACGUGAUAGAGGGUCUGUCGACUUUUGCUAUGUAUGAGGUUGGUGUUAAGACUGUGUACUCACACGGAGAGAGUGAAGUCCAAUUUGUAAGGGAUGGAGCAAGAACAUUGGAAGGAGUUCCAGAUGCCCCUCCUACCAAUGUAGAAGUUGAAGCAGUGCCUAAUCAACCUGAUAGACUGACAGUGAUGUGGGAACAACCACCUACUGAAAGUAUCAACGGAAUACUUCUUGGCUAUGUAAUCUCUCUCUGCAAGACCAGCCUAUAUGAUAAAAUAAGGAGGAAAUGUACAGGUGAACUGAGACAAAUUAAUGAGACCCGUCCAGACAUACUCAGUAACACACUGACUCACCUGCAGCCAUCAACUUCCUACCAGAUCUGGAUAGCAGCAUAUACUAAAGAAGGCACUGGACUAGAUUCCAAGCCUGUGGAAGGAAAGACAGCUGAUGAAACUCAAGGCAUUGUUCUGAUGGCUGUUGUCAUUCCGUUUGCCAUCCUGUUUUGUCUAUGUCUCUUCGGCAUUUUUGUUUGGCAGUUUCGCCCACACGAAGACCAGUCAAAGAGAGAGUCCUAUGAAACCACUGAAAAAUUCCAGCAAGUUCAGAGUGAUAAAGUUGUCUCUUCACCACACACUGCGGUCAUUGCUGUAACUUCGCUGCAGGACAAUUGUGAGGUAAGCAAAGAAAUAUUACAGCCAUCCGCUGGUGCCAAGCUGAUUUUUAAAUCAGUUGAUCUAGGCCCAAAGCUGACCAAAUUUGACCGCUCUGAAAGUGGUGACAGUGGCAUCCCAUCAUCUCCAGGAAAUGAUCCUCCAGACUUCAGCUCUGUGGGGGUUGAGGAGGCAGGUACUACAGAUGAUGAUGAUGUGUUCCAAGUAGACAGAAGCGAAGGGCCAGCCUUGAAGUAAUUCGGUAAUUUCUAAACCUUUUUCACUAAUUUGGUUUCCAUCAAUUGCAUGCAUUGUGUGAGCUUCCUGUGAUUUUUUAAAUAUGAAUUCUUUCUCCAUUUUCUGUACCAUUUCCAUACAUUUUUUACCCUAAAAUCUGUCAGUUGUUUGUAGUACAUUUUGUUAUCUUGGGAUAAUGUUUGUCAGUUGGGUUAAAAAAAGACCCAUUUCAUUUCAAGUUUGUAUGCAGUGUUCAUACUUGCAAAUCACGGAUGUGGAAUUUUAAUAGCAUUUUCAUACUAGGCCUACAAGGUGAACGUGUGUUUAUAUCCUGAUUAAAAUUUUAAAGUAAAUUUAAAUGUUAACGGAAGUUUAAGCAAAUAGUGACCUUUUCACCUCAAUUGCCAAAAUCUUGCCGGUGGUUGUAAUUGUAGUGGUAGUGUCACUGACACUGGUUCAAAAUCAUUCAAUUUCUGACGAAGAAAUUUUGUUAGUAUGAUGGAACCUACAAUAUCCAAAACAGAAACCAUUGUCUUUAAAUCUGUGUAUAUAUUGUUUGUGAGACAGGAAAUUUCUCUUUUUUAAAAGGUGUGCUUGUAAAGUAUUUUGAAAGAUAUAUCAGUAUUUGUGAUAACUUUUCAACAAUAGAAUAACUCUGACAUAAAUGUGCUAUAGAGACUGCGGUAUCUUAUGCAAUGGAUUUAUUUCCAAACUGCAGGCAUUAUUUUGUAUGGUACUAUUAUGCUUAUAUCGCAUUCACUUUGUCUAUUAUUGGAUGAGGUGAGAAGAUUUAUUCGGGUAUUUUCAGUCUUUGGGCAUUUUAAUAUAUAAGGAAUAAUCCUUGCAAUCUCCUGUGGUAAUCCUACCCAAUUGUUUAUUUUGCCACCUUCCAGAAGCAUUUGAACUAAGCCACAGAAGUGGGUAAGAUUUUAUGCUAGUGCCGAUUUCUGUAGUUUAACAUUUAUGAUUUUUGUUUCACGUCUUCCAGUUUCUGUAUGAAAUGUACAAAAAGCUUGAAAACAAAGAGGGCGCACUUCAAAGGAAUGAUGUGCAACAUUAUGUUGCUGUUCAACGCCCUUUGCGAGAGUAACAGUAUUGCGCUACAACUGUUACUGCUUUCUAUCGUGUUCAAACGUCAUUAUGUGACUGAGCCUCGAGUCGUCGACAUCUGAUAAUUAAAUACCUCAAGAAAAAGGUCGAAUCUAUAGUUAUGAUGUCUUCAAGUAAAAACAGAUUUCAGAAGUUUAUCUUGCCAUUAUGAUAACCUGGAUAUUGGAGAAGUGGAGUUGGGAUGAUGUGGUGAGAGGCAGACUUUUUCUAGUGGUUUAAAAUUAUGGCAUUAUAUAUAUGUUCCAAAUAUCAACCUUUUCUCUCAGGAGGAAAAUUAAUGAGUAAAGGUGAUAUGUCUUAAGCAUUGUUUAAUGCACAGCUGUAGGAACAUGUUAGACUUCAUUGGUGUUGCCAGGGCAGCGUGAAGCUGAAAACAGAAUUUCCUUUGAAUUACGUAUACCAUUUGCAUUUAAUAUGAUAUUACAAUUAAGCCAGGUAUAUUUUGCUUUUAUUUGUAAAUAUCUUUCAGUUCAAACUACUCGCUGAGCGGCCUUGUAAAUUCAACACAGCAUAUACAGCAUAUAUUCAUGUAACCUUGCCAACAAAUUUAAACUGAUUGAACAGAAAUUAUUUUAGAAAUAUAUAGGGUCUGACGUUUGGAUCUCAGCAGGAUUUUUCAAAGGACAAAAUUGAAUUCGAAAUUGUUGGGUCUUGUAAUCAACUGGUCAUUUAUGCGAAACUUUCUGAAACUAAAUUUCGAUUGCAUACAUGAGGAAACUGAUCAAAGCUCCUUUGUCGUGAAACAAACACAAUUUGCUGAGCAUCAUUUCUCGGACGAGUUUUGAAUAAUAAAUAAAUGAUUCUGCAAAUAA